CCGUUCGUCUACCAUUAUGUCCAUCAAUAACAAGGCUCUCCAUCGAUGCGAACCGGUCGAACGCUCCUACUAGAUUGCGCUGGAAGCCAACAGACUGCCAGCACCGGUCAACAGGUCACAUGGCCAGAUCUCAUCACCGUUUUCGGUCCAAAACGCUGCCCAUUUCAAACGUUCCAGCAUCCUAACAAAGACCGCUCACUGGAAGGCCGACGGACGUGAGGGCGUAUAUACGUAUAUGCACGGCCGGCACUCACUGACGCGCGCGCAGUCUGUCCUGCACGGCACUCACCAGAUUCAACAUGUUGCUUGUUGCUUUGCCAAGCGGCCCAAUGAUUGCGUCCCCUCAGUACUAGCUCGCAAUCGACAGCGUACGGAUAACGGCUCCAACGCGAUCGGUGUGUAUACCGCUUUGCUUCCAGUAUUCACGCACAGUGUUUUAAGGUUGAAAGCUUCAUUUUGAUUUACCUUCCUCCGUUAAGACACCUCAACACAUAGCACAUGCUUGUAUCACUCAGCCUACGAUAAAUCCUUAUCCAGUGCCACAGUGUCGCACAGUGAGCCAUAGCCAUUUCACCGCUUCAACGCUUCCCCGGACGUGCCUCCUAGUGCAGCAGCGGCAGCUUGAAACGAGACACCAGCUCCUCCCGUUUUCUGGCCCGUGGUGACUGAGAAUCGGUUCCGCAUGGUGACAAUAAUCAUACCCAUAUACGUAGUGAUAGUCGUGUUUGUGACACUGCUGGUAAUACUGUAGGGCGAGCGAGCAGCAAAGCGCCCCGGCCCAACCCUCCCAAAUGAGUGUCCCUCCCGCCGGUGCCACGGUCGUAUUCCGAUGUUGUUGCGCUCCGAGCGGCUACGGUACAGGUUGGCUGGGUUGCACUGGUGCACGUGUCACCGUGGCUGCUGCUGCUGCUGCUUCACUGCUGCCGUGCGCUAGACAGUCGAUCCGCUCGUGAGCUCCACCGUGGUCCGAGGCUAACGCGUGCAAGGCUGCUGUUGUGUUGUGUGUGUGUUGUCCGAGUACCAUCCGGCCGGCCGUUUUCCGUGCCGUUUCCGUUCGCAUUCCGUACCGGGGUCGGCGCUCCAGUGCAAGCGCAACCGUCUAGCUGCGAGGGCGGCCACCUCUUCACGUGUAAUCCGCGGGUCGCGCUAGUACUGUCGCACAGUACUAGCAGCGCCUAGCCAGUGGCCGCAAUAGCAUCGACACGCAGGUAUCCCCGGGGCCAGAACGCACCGGCGCGGACAGCGAGCGGGACGUGGGCGCAGCGUAGGCCAGCGAUCAUGGCGAAGGUGUCGGCAAGCACGCACCAGGACCCGGCCAUCCUCGACAUGAUGGAGAUCAGCAAGAAGCGCCCGCCGAAGCUGAAGUCGGCCGAUCGCACUGUUUCGAUGCGCAUCGACAACUACUCGCCGGGCAGCGGUGGAGCCGGUGGACCUGGUGGGGGUGGUGGCCCUGGUGGCGGUGGAGGAUCUUCCGUUGGUGGAAGCCGCGAAGGUGGCAGCGGGAGUGCUACGGGUGGGAGCAGUCCGAUCAUGCUCGACAACAGCCUGAUCGUGCACCACAGCCCGGUCGAGCGGCUGUCCCCGAUCUCGAUGCAGAAGCACUCGCCCGACCCGAAGGUGUUCUUUCGCAGCGAAGCCUCACCGACCUCGCUCAAGGUGGAGGAUCCGUGGAGCAUCGCGCGGAAGCAGUUUCGCCGCUCGGACACGCUGCACGUCUACUCGCCCUCGAUGCAUCAGCUGCGCAAAGCCACCUCGUUCCAUUCGCGCAGCAACAGCGGCGGCUCCAACCCGGACGAGAUUGUGGCCGCACCGAUCAUCCGGCACAGUAGCGUGCGGCACACGCAUAUCUACCCGCGCGAGUACCUCGUCAAGCAGGAUAGUGGCGGCGGCGUCAGCAGCGGUGGCGGCGAAGACGAGGAUGAGGAGCUGACGGUGGCAGCGGCGGCCGCUGCUGCCGCGGCCAGCUACCGCCAGCACUCGCCCAACGUGAGUGCCAACCGGCGCAACUGCCAUAUGCAUCGCUCGUUCAACGAUCAGCAGAAGCGCAAUGCGGCCUUUCUCCGGCGGGACUCGGUGAAGUUUCACUCGCUCGGCGACGACAUCCCGGCGGAGGUGGUGGACCGGAGCCCGCGCGAAGCGAAAAAGUUCAGCUCGGCCAACGCGUCGCUGGAGAACGAGAUCUAUCGGUCGCGCAGCAACAGCCGCACGGACAAGAAGGGCGAAUCGUUCUCGGACUUUGUCAGCCGGCAGAACAGCAAGAAGUACAACCAGAAGAACAGCACCACCAGCCUCGACCAGGCACUGCCGUACGUGGGUGGGAGCGGAGGGGGCAGCUUUCGGCGCUCCCUCAUCCAGCACUCGAACGCGCACCUGCUCAGCCCGAACCCGCCGUUCCUGGACGACUUCAAGCCGCAGAAGUCGCCCAUCUUCGAUCAGAAAAAGUCCUACUCGCUGCGCUACAAGAACGGGCGGCAGGAUGCGCGGGAAAACUUUAAAGCGAAAAAGUCGAAGAGCUUCAUCGUCGAUCUGGAGCCGCCGCCACCGGCCAUCAUCAGUGCGACCGGCAGCCCGUACCGCAAGGACAGCAUGGCCUUCACGCCGGAGGAAGCGGACAAGAUAUACAAGGCGUCGCGCAAGCUGUCCUCCAACCUGAUGCUGGACGACAUCGGCCGGACGACGGACAUAUCGCCCAUCCCGAUGGACAUCAUGGACAUCAACUACGGCGUGAUCAUGAAGACGUACCAGAUGAACCGCCAGAAGUCGCUCGGUGCGUCGCGCAAGGGCCGGCGAAAGUUUGCCGACAAGAAGCUGGCGGGCAGCAGCUUCGACGACGAUACGGAAUCGUCCAAGAAGCGCAAGCGCAUCGUCUGUAUCGUGAUGACCGUCUUCCUCGCGCUCGCCCUGUUCAGCGUGCUGGCGGUGCUGGUGACGCUUACCCACACCAGCUCCGGCGGUUCCAGCACGUCCACGCAAACCAAGACGCAGUACACGUUCGCACGCGACACGCCGAUCCACGCCAUCCCGACCUACAUGGUGUCGAAGGACUCGCCGAAACACUACAACGGUGCCAAUUGAUGCGGCAACUUUAGCCGCUCGCGCCCACUGAAUGCGCCCGUGUCCCGCUGGCAGGCACGCGGCAGCGGCAGUGGUGGCGGCGGCGGCGGCGGCACCGGCGGUGGUGGCGGUGCAAUUACGUCCGACACCAUCAGCUGUCUGGUGGAGCAGCACAGUUAGUAGCGCCUGGGGCGACGUCGUCGUCGCCGGCGUAGUGUUGUAGCGGUUAGCCAUAAUGGAACUAGCGGAAGCGACAGCAACAGCACCAGCGAGGACGUUACCGCCCAUCGUAAGGUAGAGCAGGGGGACGGAGCAGCAGGAGGGAACAGCUUCCGUGGUGGCAAGCAUGGUGAACUUAGCGCGAACAUAACAAUAUCCAACGAAGUGCCAAGGACGACCCGGGCGCAACAGCAUCGUUACGCACGUGGACGGCCAAAUUUUUUUAGAAACAAUCUCAUCGGACGCCGGAAACGGGUAUGGAGGCUGCGGUUACCGGCAAACAUCGCUCGGGUUCGAGCAGCACUGAUACAAACCGUAGCAAGAGGUGCCGAUACUGGCGGUGGCAGCGCCUAGCACGGUGCAUAGGAACAGUAGCGGCAGUAACAGGAGAUGCCACGGAGCUUACCAGUAGAGAGAAAAGGAGAGAGUGUGUGUGUCGGCUUGAAGAAACGGAAGACGUCACGAAGUGCGCGUUGGGUCGUGAGUGAGUGGUUUUGUGAGAAGAGUAUGGACGAGCACGGGCUCGUACACGACUGCAAAGUGUGCCAAGCGAUCACGGGGACGAUCGGACGGGAUCCACGCCACGAUUCAGCCGGUAGCCGGUAUCGACCGCAAUGGAGGAGCAAUCGCAUCUAACAUAUACGAAACAAUAAGUGGAUCUAAUCUAGUGCAAUAUUAAUCGGAACGUCUAGCGCGCUGAACGCGAAAACAGAACUCUACCACUACCACGUAACACGUAAAACAUAACUCUAAACAAAAGACAAGCAUGAUAAACUAAAACACGGGAAAGCGAAACUAAAAGCCCAUAAAAAGGAAGCAGAAAGCAUAUUUAUUGGGAAAUACAUUUUAAUAAAGCAAACUAAAAAGCAUAGCAUACGAAUAUAACCAUGAACGAUGGAUACUGCAGGAGAGGCGGAAUGCUUACCGGAAAGGCAUAUUACUAGUGUGGACGGUAUCGCAACAUCUAACCUUAAAGUACAUCACGUCAAACAAUAAAGCAACAUAAAGUAAACGGACAAAAUAAUCACUAAAAACGUUAAACAAACAAACAAACAUGCAAACAAAACCAAACAAAACUUAAUCAAAAGCCAACCAUCAAAAAGUGAAGUAAACAUAACAUAUACUAACAAGUAAACGCAUAAAAAAAGAUAACCCAUAAUAUAGAUUCCGUGUAUGCAAACGUAGCAACUGAAGAUAUUGUGGACAUCGUGUAGUACGUUUUUUAUAUAAUAAAACAAAACAAAAACUGAAGCGCACAUAUAUCACACUGCAGAAAUGUACGCAAACUGUAACAUUUCAACGGCCGUGAAUGAAAUACGUCAUAAGGUGUGUCAGUUAGGUUCCAUUUUGGAUACCGAAUCCAUCUACUCUUCGUCAGUGCAGAAAAGCAAAGCUAGUAUACGGAAGUGUCGUGUAGCGUUAUUUCGUUCGUUAGUGCCUAUUCCUGGUGUUUUGGUCUUCCCUUUGUUUUGUUGUAAACCACUAUCACAACAGCGAGUACAUCCGCGUACGCAAUGGUGAUAAUUGCAUAUUAGAAUGUCGCAUGAAUAGUCGUCCACGCGUUGUACCGAAUGUCAACACACAACACCUCAACGUCCUGUCUCGUUGCGCACAAGCAAAAAUAAGAAAUAAAAGGAAACUCACCUACCCUUGUUCAUCACCAUCAGAACUGGACUGUCAUUAAGUACGGCAUUUUCAACGCUAGUGGCCUUAAACAGUAACACGCCGAAAUGGAGCAUGGGAGCGCAAGCGUGGCAUCGUGUACGGUGCCGUUUAUUGACCUGACUAGGUUUCACUUCGAAUGAGUUCGUUCGAUGAGCGAACUUGUUCGACCAUGAAAGUGUCCGUGCGUGUGAACCAUUUUAUGCUCGAUUAAUGGAUACAUCAACAUGAAAGAAGCAAAAAAGGUGUUGAUUGCACAGUGCGCCAAGAAAACGAACGUCUCAUGCGAGAGUCUCUCGAUAGGGCGAAGAUGAUUAAAAACUACACCGAGUACAACCGGAUGAUUGGCGGCGAUGAAAUUCCUUAACGAUUUAUCCUCGGUCCGAUAUGCAAUGUGCCCGCAUCCCGCAUGCCGAUCUGCUGCUCCCUGGUCCCACUAACUGCCAAGCUGCUUUGACUUCAUCCGUGGUGGGCGCUGCCAUGGCAUUGGCAUGACUCUGAACCACAACAUCACCCCAUCGCUCAAGACCUCCAGGAUACUCGUUGUGGGAAUUUGAACCGUCUGCGGCAAAGAAACAGAACCGGUGGACAUCGGAACGCACCUUGGGCUGUGCUCGGUUUGCCGGAAGCGGCAAAAUGUAAUGGAAUCAACAGGCCAACUUCACUUCACAUCCCCCGCGGACCAAUUUUAGGUUAGCAUGGAUGUAGCAAGCGUUACACCGACCUCACCGCACACUUAACGACCUCCGGAUGCACAAAAACAAAACGCCCAUACGGCUAAUGGACGGCAUGUCUCGUCAAGAGCGCCACGUCUGGGUAGAAACAUGCUUCAAAAUCCACAGUGACGGAGCAGUUCGUUCUUUUUUCUCUCUAUCUCCCUCUCUCUCUCUCUAUCUCUCUCUUACCAGCUAUUUUAGUACACGUCCAGCGUCUGCAUAUCAUCGUGACUAAUUUCAUACAACCCAUCACUCUCGGGCAGGUUAAAACUCGCUCGUCAAGAUAGGCAGGCAAAGGGUAGUAAAAAAGAAAAGAAAACGAUACAGUGUCGAAUACAGAUGCAUAGGCGGUUCUCUUCUGUUUACCCAACUCCAGCGACAAAAGCACGGCGUGGAAAGGAGUGAUGUUUGAGGGACGUUGUUGGGUCACGAUUACCGACACACCACGCCAGAGACCGAAACCAAAAAAAACACAUACACACACUCAAACACCUAAGAAAAGGUCCAAUUUCAUCCAUUCUGCGGGAGGAUGAGACAGUGCUGGUGGUGGAGGUGGUGUGGUGUUUCCACUAGCACCAACCACGUAAUGGUUCCCCGAAAUUUGUGCCGUGCAAAUAUAAUCACUUUCUGAUGGCGCUAGGAAUGGUUCCAGGGGUGGAAUAACGAGAAAACAAAAAGGGGGCAACAAGACCCUUCUCGCAAAAGCACAAUCAAUUUAGUAGCUGCAGACGGAUAGGAGCGCAAACACACAAAAAAGGGGAAAAGAACAAAAAACAGCUCAAACACAAAGAUUGGACGCACGCGCCCGUACACGCGAGCCCGGCAAGAAUUGUGACAAAAAUGGUGACGAUGCUUCUGGUUCUGGAUUAGUUUCGACACGCGUUCGAGAUGGUAAAAUGGCUUGUAGCUUUUCGGUAUGCUUGCCCUUUUGAGGGAUGAUGAAGCAAUUUGUUUGCAAGGCAGCGGGAAUUGUUUUAAGCUAUUUUGUGACGUUCUGGCUCGGUUGCAAUUGAAUUAGUUUCAUUCUGCAAAUCACUGGGACGUUUCAAGUAUUUAAACGUCUUCAACUCAUGUAACAUUACGUACUUUUUGGACCGUUCCUACUGAAUGAUAACUCACGUUUCCCAGACCCGACCGGUCCCGUGGUACAGUCGUCAGCUCGCAAGGUCUAACAACAUACAUUUCCAGUAAGGACCGUGCCACCCUAUACGUAGGACUGACUAUGGGUAAUCAAUAAGACACUGAUAACCAUAGCACUGACCCAACAGUGGUAGAGACAGAUCUUGAUCGACAACGGUGGUUGAGCCAAAGAAGAAGAAGAAGAAACUCAUUUUCAGAUAACCCAAAUUCAUUUAAAUUAACUUCAACUAAGAAUAGAGUUUUCAUGCGGAGAACCAUAGGGUUUUUGCAUAUUUUCUAUAUAUACUGAUUUGAUUACAUUAGGUGCAACAGUCAGAUAGGUUAUAUCAUCUAGCCUUAGCUCUACUAAGUUUGUUGGUCUGUGACUAUUUGAUUCACUUGAUCUAUUCGAGACUUGAUCGCAAGGAGGAGAUGCUGUUAAGCUAUGUAUUAGACAGCUGCAAAAACGGGUGCGCCAAAAAAUUGAAUUAAAAGGCGUGUGUGUUUAGGACGAACACUAAAAAUGUUUCACAUUCUUAGCUAGAGUUUCUCAUACAAUUUGAUUUUGAUUAGAAUGAAGCUCAGUUCAAACUGUGCAAGCUUUUCUAAGACACUUUCAAUUAUUUUUCUCUACACGAUUCCUCUUAAAAUACGUACAAAGAUAAAAACCAAUGCUCAGAUCAUACUAAAAGCAUCUGUAAUAAUGAAGCUCUCCAGCACGAUGAAACAUUUUCCUUUUCAACUAUACCCCAUAUUCAGUGGUGAAAGGAAAAUUUCCCAACCUGUACAGUGCCGCACGUAAAAUGCACUGUUGAGCUUAAUUCGAAUCCCUUUUUAUUUAUAGAUAUAUUUUGCGUACUUGCAUAAAAGUGAGUUACUAAACCAAAACAAAAAAGGAAAAGGCAAAACGAAAAUGGAUAAUGCGACACUUUUCAACUCGAACCCGCGCAAAAGACGUAACAUUAAUCGACUCUCUCAAAACAGAGAAAAAAAAAGAAACUACAACUCGCGCAAAACCGCGACCAAUGAUAUGAAAGCGAAGCGCAUCAUGAAAAAAAUUACGCGGAAAAGAGAGAGAGAGAUAGAAAAUUUAAGCAUAAAGAAAGCAGGGUAGCCGGAAAUGUUGUUGUGUUGAUGAUAGUAAUUGUUACAAUUAGCGAGUAAGAUUUUUAAGCAAAGCUUCGAAAAGUAUGUUACAUAGAUGCGUUUAUAUUUAGCAUUGGUGCGCCGUGGAAGGGGGUAGACAUGUGGCAACAGUUGUGUGGCUCGCACUAUUUACUGGUACUUUCUUUCCUCUCAGCUCAUCUGUCCCGGGUUGGCUUGGCGAAUACAAAACACGUGCAACAAAUGCUAGAACCUACUGUUUACUGUUUCCUCAGUUUAGGCACAGCUGUACGAUACACCAGGACCAUAAAGCUCUCCCAGCACAGUCCAUCGCAGCUGCGCCUGCAUUACAAAUGUUUAGAAGGUUAAAAUAAAUGGAAAUGAAGGUGGAUUGGUUUACGUCCUACAUGUCGUUACGCAAUGAAUUGAUAAAUGCAUCAUCUAUUUUCCAAACCCAUAUCUUACAUAACACUCUAGAAAACGCUUCCAUUUGCGAUUAAUAACGAUUGACAUACACUACACCCAAAACAUUAUUCUGUACUGGUUUGCCUUGCGUGAACGAUGGAAUGCGAUGUGAAGCGAAAAAAAGGGACAACUACGAGGAUUAGCACGCCCGAUGCGCCAACAAUGAGCGCCAUCGCUAAGCCACAUAAAAAUAUGAAUUGCAAUGCAGCAUGCACACUCGCAGGAAAAGUCAGCACUUUUCGCCGGUCAAUGUGAAGCACACCGUAGCCGUAGCGUAAAUCCACUCAGCCCACCUGCAUCCGGAUGGAUCCUUUGAUGCUGCCGUGUAUCAAAACCCUCAAACAACUUCCUAUCACCUCCCAUCUUUGCUUCCCUGCCGAUGCAGCUGCCCUGCUGUCACUUUCGUUUAUAACAAAAUAGCCGUUUCGUUCCCUUUUGUCUGUAAUCGUCGUUCCCGUACCACGCCUUUUGCGCGGGUAAUCGUGUCCAAAGCAUCGGCUCAACGACACACAAAACAAAAAAAAACAA